UAUGUCGGACCAGAAGCCUAUUAAUUUUGGAUGAAUUAUGUCGUAUAAUUAGCGAGUUAUUAAUUAAUUAGUGAUGGGACACGUGGUGUCACUAUAGAGUCAUGAAUUGAAACCGCAAUUUCGAUCGAUAAAUCUUGGGUCUCCGACUGAUAUUCUCGUUUUUUAUUUAUUGCUUUGGUGUGCUUGGAAUUAGUUUUUUGUGUUUUUUGAAUCAAAAUUUUUGCCAGGAACUGUAUUUUAAUAUAUAUUGCCAUAUUCAACAUCAGUGUAUUUACUUUCAACUGAAUCUAUAUACUGGUAUAUUGAAUUAACGAGAAUGCAAACCUUAGAUUUAUAUUCUAAUAUCCCAACAUAACAUGCUCGCCACGAGACCACCCUACCCAUCAAUUUGUUGUUCGUCACACUAUUUACCCAUUUAAUCAAAAAUUUCCUUAUUUUAUAUACCGGUAUUGUUGCAAGCAUCAAAUCCAUGCUUCCGAAAACAAAUAACUGGCUAACUAUUCCCAUGCCUGAUAUGAACCGGUCACUGGAAGUCGUCUUAAUGGCUUUCUACUUCCCCGAGAAAAAUAUGUAAUGUAUUGUGUAGUUGUGCCAGCCUUCUGACCACGAUACUGUCCUACCCAUCAAUUUGCCCUGCGUCUUCAAAUCAAUUAAAUGUCAUUUGGUCAGAAUUUUCUUUGAAUUCUAUAUAUUGUUGCAGUCGUUGAUAUGGCUUAGAAUGUGUAGUUGAAUUUUUUGUUGCUUAACUAGCAGUUUGAAUAAACAAUACUUGUCACUAGAUUCUUCAGGGUUUGAACCCUGAAUCUCUAUUCUGUGAUACUGGUCCACUAGGGACCCUUAUACUCUUUGAGUCAGUGUGGUUUAUAAUUGGAAUUUUAACUUCUGUUUCAUGCCAUUUUGUGGUCAAAAAAGUCUAAUGGAGUGUUUUUAUUGCUUAAACGGUGUCUUUAAACUUUAGAUGCCUUAACUAGUAAAAUAUUUAUUUUCUGAGCAGUCUAGCACUGCUCAAUUUCUUUAAUUUAAAAUGUCUGGAAGUGCGGAAGCCGCAGUUCUUUUGAACAAUGAUUUUCGUUGGAAAGAAGUUUGCGAAUCUCACGCUUCAAUGAGCGCGUGCAAACUCGCAACAGCGCUAACGAGUUUGCUGUUGGAGUACAAAGCUUGUGCGAAUAUUCAGGCGAUUUUAACACAAAUUAAAGAUCAUUAUGACGAACAUUUUCAUGCGUGUUUUGAUGGCCAGUUGAAACAUAUUGGAGACGAAAAUAAUGAACAAUAUCACCAUGGUUACGAUGGACUCACGACUGGAUUUAAUUCGAAUGAAGAUUCGUUAGGAAAGCAUAGAGGGAGAAGCAAGUCUGAAGGCAACUGGAUGACUGGCUUAUCAGUUAACAAAAAGAGGAUUUCGAAAGCCAGCGAAAAUAAUUCGUCAAUAUUUGAAAAUGAAAUCAGCAUGCCAGAACGACGGCGUAGCAUGGACAGUAUAUCAAACCCCAGUACGACAGAUUCUAAAAAAUCUGCAAAAUCGAAGUUACGACGCGGAAUAUCGCUUCGUACGAGCCUAAAAUUCCGUAAAUCAAAAGGAGUAACUCUUGAUAAACCUUCAACACCGGAACCAGACCCGAUUUCGAACAGUGACGCUUCUCUGAACGAAAAACCUAAUUUUGUUACUUCAGUUCUGAGGAAGUUUCGACCUAGUUAUAAAAGAAGAUCAUCAAAGAGUUUUGGAUCUUCAGAAAAAUGUGAUCCUGGAAGUAUUACAAAGCAUGAAGGCAUAAUCAGUUAUCUAACAGUAACUAACUCAAGUGCCGGCGACACUCUUGAUUUCCAAAGAGCGAGACUCGUGCUCAGAGACAUCAAAGUUGGAUACCAAGUGGAGUUAUACACCCCAUGCAAGAGUGAAAAACCAAAGAUCCUGAUCAAUGGUUCAGAUAUAAUUGAAAUCAGAAAAACCAACGCUCUGGAAAUGCCGGAUACGGACUAUGCGUUUGUUGUAAAGUCCAACACAGAAGAAUAUGUCAUCAAGACGUCGAGGAAGAAUGAACUUUCGCAAUGGCUGACUGAGAUUCAAGACUUGAGUUCCAAAUAUGGAAAGCAUGAAUGCCAUAAACACCUUUAUGUUCCAAUGAAUGUGAAAGAAGCCGCAAGUAAUGAUGGAUCAGUGGAAAGCCAGGGGGAUGGAGAUGACUCAAGAAAGAACUCUGGCAACAAUCUGACCCCACCAUCAACAGAUUCAGCAUUACUUACAGGAGGAGAGGAACACGGUGACGGAAUAGAUUUUGUUACAACUGUCUUGUUGGGCAACUGGGAAACAACAAUGGCGGAAUUGGGAAUCCGUAAUCAGUCAACCGAAGAAGAAGAGGGCGGAGCUUUAGACGAGGAGGCGGAGCCAGGAGCAACAGCUGCCCCAGUGCCAGAAGGCCCGCCAGACCUUGAUCAGUUUCCAUGGUUUCAUGGGAAGUUAACUAGACUCAAUGCAGCCGAUCUUGUUCUCCAAGGAGGCUGUCGACAUCACGGAGUCUUCCUUGUGCGACAAUCAGAAACAAGAACUGGUGGAUACGUUCUUUCAUUCAACUUUCAGGGAAAAGCAAAGCACUUACGAUUAUCCAUUGGAGACGAAGGCCAGUGCCGAGUCCAGCAUCUUAGAUUCAACACAAUAUUCGAUAUGUUGGAACACUUCCGCACUCAUCCUAUCCCUCUCGAAUCCGGAGGAUCAACGGACGUUUGUUUAACGGAUUUCAUCAUCAACGAAAAAUGUGAGAAAAACAAGAAAGUCGCAGUAUCAAGUCAACCACCUUCACUUCACGCAUCAACAACAAAAAUUGAAAUUGAAAAUUUGAUCGUAGAUUUGGAAACGAUCCCACCGGAAAAUAAAGACGUUACAUUUUUACAAGUCAACAAUAGGAGCACUUCUUUACACAGUGUGGAAACAGAAAUACCAGAGAAUGUAAACUCCAUUUUGCGUCCGUUUUCUGAGACACCAGGCUCUAUUUUACGUCCUUUUUCAGAGCCGGGUAUAAGUAAUACUUUAACAGACGGGCCUAAUCAUGUAAACCAUCAAGUUUCAGAACUGGAAAAUGGGGGUGCUGGACUUCCCCCUACAAAUCCCCCCACUCAGCACGUGAGGGCGAUAGAGAACCAUUACGCUUUUAGUUAAAUUUUGUCACAAAAAUUUAUUUAAAAAAAUUUCAUAAAAAUCAAAAUAAAACUAUAUAUUGCCACAAAACCAAAUAACAUUUAAAAACAUUGCACAGAAUAAAUAAAUAGUUAAGAAUAAUUAUAUAUUAAUUUUAAUCGCUUCUUGCAGUCGUUCCCUUCAACUUUUUUUUCAUGACUGACGUCUUUACAAAGCCCCGCGAUUCAUUAAAAUAAAAAUUAUCUGUUGGAACUUAUACAUAAUGUCAUAUUUGAGUUACCGCCUAGUUGCCACAUUUCAUCGCUACCGUUGUCGAAUUUUAAUAAUGCCGUUAUUUUUCUUUGCACAUUUACAAAAUCGGCCAAGUUGGUAUUUUUAUAAGUAAUAGCUUAUAGUAGAUAACGAAUGGCUCGCAGAGCUUCUGGGCUUCAUUCGCAACGCCUGAGGGCUUCGCAAGGAGCACGUGGAGAAUGUUCUCGCUAUAUUUUUAAUACUUUUGUCACUAAAAAUUGCACUAUAGAUUGAUCGAAUUUGGUUUCUCUCUAUUUUUUUUUGUUGUUGUCCUAACAUGAAAACUUUUGCACUAACCUAAACACAAAUUGCAUUUACUGGUAGUAAUUUUUGGUUUCAAGGCUGUACUAUAUCAAGUGCUAGCCUGUAACUUUACCCAGAGGUGAGUCUUUGGCACUUCUGUGUGAGCGAUUGUAUUGCAUCACAAUAGUUCUACAAUUCUCUUUAGAGUAAACUUGGUAAAAAUCCCUGAAUCUCUAGUUAAGAGCUAUCGGUCAUGCUUUUUACAGGGUGGCCAUAAUGUCGUGCACCGAGGUAAAUCUCACAAUCUAUUAGAACGGGCAACCUGCGUCCCACGAGCCAAAUGCCAAUUUUGAAUGAUGUGCGGCCCACGAUACAAAAAUUUUUAUUUCAGUUUGAUCUGGUACGUCUUAAGUACAAACCCUAUACCAGACUCACGAUUUAUUAUUUAUGCCUAUGGCAUUACAAUGCUUUUUUUUGCCUGCGACUACUAGAACAGGGGUUCUCAACCUGGGGUUCGCGAACCACCAGGGGUUCACGAGAAGAUUCCCAGGGGUACUUGGAUGACAGGAUGACUUUUUGUGUUUUUUUUACAAUAUUCUUCAACAAAGGAAAACCAAGUAACUACCAGAUGAAAAUGCAUGCCAAUUGAAAUUCAGCGUAGAUUUUCCCUGAUUGUGACGCAACAUGCCCGGCUUAUCAGCCAAACUUUGAAAUCUCAAAAGACAAUGUGGGCAAAAGGGCAAACACAUUAAAAUGAAGAUUUAAUUUAGUUACAGCAGUUGGUCAAUAAAUUGUCAUUGCAGCAAAUUGUCAAUCAAUAUAUCACAACUUUGUUUGGUGUCUGAUUACUGGGGGUUCGCGUUGAUUGUUUCGUGACCCGGGGGAUACUUAACAGAAAAAAGGUUGAGAACCCCUGUACUAGGAAGUCCAUGUUAAAUGAAGAUGCGGCCCUCGGUUUCACCCAGUUAUUUGUAUCUGGCCCUUCUGUAUCAAAGAUUGCACACCCCUGUUCUAGCUGGUGACUCGCCACAUUAUUGCUCACUCCCUGUAUUGGGAUGUUGAUGGCAAUACUAAUUUCAGAAUAUUAUCAUGAUGAAUUAGAGAAGAUUGUGUAUUAAGAUCAAACGAUUCCAACGUUUUUGUAUCUUUGGAAUUUUGAGAUUCACCUUUGUGCGUGACUUUAUGGCUACACUGUAUAUUCUUGACACAAAUAUACCAGGUGGCAAUCAGGCGCUCCAGUAUUAUGUGUACCAAUAUGGAGGUAACUAAUUUUGUUCGCCUACUUUACAUCAAGUUGUGUAAAGGGACUGAAACCUAUAGUCAGUGGGUGUGUUCACUUGGCUAACACACACAGUCCCCGAACUCGUAAUAGAACUAAAGUAAGGAGAAUCUGGAUAAAAUUAUGGCCUAACCUGGUACACGCACUGCGGGAGUACCGGCAAUCAUGCGUUGUAUAUGUUCCACGACCCCCAAGUUAAUCUUUUUUGACGAAAUUGCGAUUUUUAUCGAUUUCUUGUAAAAAUUUUCAUUGCCAAACUAGAACAAUUGAUGAUUUAAGUGUUCAUGACAGACAUUUGAGUAGAAAAAACUAAAUAUAUUAGUACAUUGUAAAAUUGCCAAAACUAGAUAAUAAUGUUAGUUGUCCAUAAAGAAUAGUUACACAAAUAUGGCUUGAGUGUCGCAUGCUUAAAAAUAAUUAACCAUUUCCUUACCGGUCCUGAGUUUGUAACCUUGCGAGAAGCUGUUGCUCGCCCUAGGCUUUCUCAUCAGCUCUUUUCCUCCUGGGAUAGAUUUUUAAAAAAAGUGUGAGACGUCUACGACUCAAAAUGUAUUUUGUGUGUGUAAUGAAUUUAAUAUCUUUCAGGCGUCUUUUAUAUGUAUUUCAUUUGUUUAUUUUAUUAGGAUAUAAGGAUUCGCGAGGUGCAUAAUUGUUUAUUUUUGUUGUUCAAGUCGCUAGUCAAGUGGAGUCAAGCGCCUCAUUAGAGGUCCCAAGGUGAGUCCAAAUUCAGGCGUCGAGUCCGAACUCAGGUCUCAAGUCUAGUUCAAAUUCACGUCUUGAGUCGCGUCCAAAAUCAGUCUCAAAUCGAAUCCAAAAUCAAAUGCCGCUUAUCUGAUCCUAUGUAUUCUCUCAAAAUCGUGAGAUUUACGUUUUGCUCUAGUUUUAAUAAUUGUGUUUUGAAUCAAAAGUCCGAAAAAGUAGAAUGGAUACAGUAUUUUAUGUGAAAUCAAUGUAUUUUUUGAGACUCCUAAAAUUCGUUGUGCACCCCCUACUGGUUGGGCCCUCUAGUUUGGGAAGCCCUGAUUGAGAUAACUCAAGUAACUUUAAGUCUUUGAUGAUAAAUAACGACUCUUACCCAACUUGAGCCCCCUCAACACUUAUACCAAGUUCCAGUCCUAUGUUAGUAGAUUUUUACUUUAAUGUUUUUAAAUUGAGUUUCCAUUCUUGUGCAAUGAACUGCGCUUGCACAGGCACUGAUAAGUAAAGAGCUGACUUUUCUGGAACAAUCGAGAUUGGGUUCGAACCUUCAUAGCAAAGUGCUAGCCACAAGGACUAGGCCACACAAAAAAUGUUCAAUAAGGCUGUUUUAAGAACUGUUUGGGGGAAUGCCAUGUGCUUUUAAUAUUCGUGUUCCCAAUUAAACGGCUGUUAGUACAAGAAAACCCUUAUGUAUUUUGUGUGAAUUCAGUGAUUUUGCAAAUUUGUGAGAUGCUUCUUGCUGACCAUUGGACCUUCCGAGUAAUGUACAAUUAAGCUGUUUUAUAAUCUGGGGAAUGCCAUGUUCUCCUAAUUUUCGUGUUCCCAAUAAAAUGGCUGUUAAUACGACAAAACCCCCUAUGUAUUUUGUGUGAAUUCAGUGAUUUCGCUAAUCUGUGAGACGCUGUUAAAAGUAUCUUCUAGUCUAAAAAGUACUGGCUUUUGGCGAAUACAGUAGCUCAUAAAGUCCUGUAUUAAAUUAGAUAAAAGAACUUUGAUGUGUGUUGUGCAACUAAUGAUGAUGGGAAUAUAAAGGUGUAUUGAAUAAAGGAAACAAGACUUAAUAUAAAUACAGAUUAAAAAACAACAAACCAGGGUAAAAUAUGUGGUGUCUAUAAAGUCUUGAAAAAUUCUUAAAAUUGCAAAGAUAAUUAAUCGAUACCAUAUAUUGUUUUGGCCCCCACAGAUGUGUAUUAAAUGAAAUAAAAAUACCUAUACAAUUACUGAUUAAAAAAAAAACUUGUUAAGAUAUAUUGAGAACUGACUUCAUAACAAAUUUGAAAUCGUGAAGGAACUUUAUUGACAUCCUGUGUAUUGAAGAAUGUCUUCAGAACAAAAUUGUAAUUGGUUAAAAUUCUGCUAUUGAUAUUGUUUCCAAUUUUUGUGGGGGUAUGGCGGCGUUACUUUGAGCAAACUUUAUAAAAAAAUCUGUUCAUGAAUUCAUUCCUUAGAUCAAGAUUUAUUUGGAACAAAAUCUUAUCAGGUGCUCGUUGAAUUUUUAUUUCAAUUUCUCGUUUUUAUUCACCAUGUUUUUGUUGAUAAUAGGCCUAUAUAAGAGACUGUUUUGUAUUUACCUUAUGUGCUUUUUUUGUACCUUUAUCAUGAAUCUAGAAUGUUGAAUUGUCUUUUCUCAUAUUUAAAACUCUCCCGAGUCUUGCUGUAAAAAAUAGCAGUUUACUAAGGUGUAUUGCCUCACGAUAGUUUUACAUAGUUUCAGUAACUCAGUUCAGUGCUGCGUAACUGCGUAACUUUGCUCAGAGAUGAGUCCCUUUCACAUCUGAGUAAGUGCGCGUAACUUUGCUGAGAGAUGAGUCCCCUUUACUUCUGAGUGAAUGCUCGCAACUUUGUUCAUGGAGUCUCCUUAACUUAUGUGUUAUUGCGCAUAACUUUUGCCCGGAGAUGAGUCUCUUGUACUUCUGAGUGAGUACCCAUAACUUCGCUAAGAGAUGAGUGACCUUUACUUUGAGUGAGUGCCUGUAUCCGUUUUGCUCUUCUCAAAUGAAGUUUAAUACCCGUUUAAUCCCAAUGAGUAUUUUUGUACCUACAUCGAUUUACUUGAAGUAUUCAGUCGUGUCAAUCAAAGGAGUUUUUGCCUGUUGAAACAUUUGUUUGUCAAUUGCCCAAUGCUUUUAAAUAUUUGUCGUUCGUAUCUUUUGUUUCAAUAUUUUGCCUUUUUCCUUUUUUUGUUUAUUAAUUAAUAUGUUCUAUAGUACUGCAUUUAUUGUUUUUUUGUUACGAAUAAAGACAGUCAUGAAAUCAGGUG